GUCAACUUGAAUGAUCAAUAAUUAACGUUUUUUGGACCACAUUUGCUCGACUGAGAACAACAAACAACUCUUACUCUUAACAACUAACUAACCAACCAACUACAGUCCUGUGAACAUUUCGUGUGUGCGUUUGUUUCCCUUAUGUCCCGAAAAUCGAGCGACAAUGACUAUAGUCUUCGUAGUAUGAGCAACCUGAUGGGUGAGAGGAGGAAGAAAGUGAACGAUGACGGAGAGCGGAGCCUCAUCAAAGCUCCGUCCAGCGCGAGCAUCAACAGCCAGGCUGUCCCUGCCAAUGCCGCUACCGCCACCACCACCGGGGACCUGGAGAGAGAGGCGCGUAAACAGUUCCACCAAGAUGUCACACCUGGGUUUGUUUAUGUUCUGGCCGCGUUCUCCGCGCUGGGUGGCUUUCUGUUCGGCUAUGACACCGGGGUAAUCUCGGGAGCGAUGCUCCUGCUCAAGAGGGAGAUGAAUCUCAGCGCCCUAUGGCAGGAGGUUCUGAUCUCUAGUACUGUGGCUGCCGCCGCGCUGUCCGCGUUUGCCGGCGGGUUCUUGAACGGAGUUUUCGGGCGCAGGGUCUGCAUCCUCCUGGCUAGUUUUAUCUUCACAUCUGGGGGAAUAGUGCUUAGCGCAGCUCCCGAUAAGGUGGUUCUCCUGGUCGGACGUCUCAUUGUCGGGCUUGGACUUGGUAUUGCGUCCAUGACGGUGCCAGUGUACAUAGCUGAGACGUCUCCCCCCCACCUGAGAGGCCAGCUGGUGACAGUAAACACACUGUUCAUCACGGGAGGCCAGUUUACUGCCAGCAUCAUAGACGGAGCCUUCAGUUACCUACGCCACGAUGGAUGGAGGUAUAUGUUGGGUCUGUCGGUGGUCCCUGCGGUGCUCCAGUUCGUGGGGUUUCUGUUCCUGCCAGAGAGCCCCCGCUGGCUGAUCCAGAAAGGCCUUACCCAGAAGGCCCGGCGCGUGCUCAGCCAGAUUAGAGGCAAUCAGAACAUUGACGAGGAGUACGACAGCAUCAAGAACAGCAUCGAGGAGGAGGAGAAAGACUGCGGAGGAGAUGGCCCUGUGAUCUGGAGGAUGCUGACCUACCCCCCCACACGGAGAGCACUCCUGGUGGGAUGUGGACUACAGAUGUUCCAACAGCUCUCUGGGAUCAACACCGUCAUGUACUACGGCGCCACCAUCCUGCAGAUGUCGGGAGUGCGGGAUGACAAGCUGGCCAUCUGGUUGGCCGGGGUCACAGCCUUCACCAACUUUCUGUUCACCCUCCUGGGGGUGUGGCUAGUGGAGAGGGUUGGCCGCAGGAAACUCACACUGGGGAGCAUCAUCGGGACAUGUCUGAGUUUGUCUCUGCUGGCCAUUGGGUUUCUGCUGUCUGCCCAACACACCCCUCCUGUCACCCUCCACCCCACUGACCCGUCAAUGGUCAACUCCACCUGCAACAAACACCUGCUGUGUGAGCCGUGUAUGCUGGACCCGGCGUGUGGCUUCUGUUACCGUGAGAACAGCACGGCUCUGUUCGCCUCAUCCUGUGUACCUGUCAAUACAGCCUCCACAGAGAAGGCAGCCUGGGGCAGGUGUUCCAACUCGACCCAGCUGAGAGUCCAUACGUACUGGGCCUAUAACUACUGUCCCACCUCCUACUCCUGGGUGGUCCUACUGGGUCUUGUUCUCUAUCUGGCCUUCUUCGCCCCAGGUAUGGGUCCGAUGCCGUGGACAAUCAACUCUGAAAUUUAUCCCCUGUGGGCCCGGAGCACAGGGAACGCCUGUUCAGCUGGAGUCAACUGGACGUUUAACUUCCUGGUCUCCCUCACCUUCCUCCAUGUGGCUCAGAACCUCACCUACUACGGAGCGUUUUUCCUUUACUCCGGCCUGGCUCUGCUGGGGUCCUUCUUCAUCUACGGCUGUCUGCCUGAGACUAAGGGCCGGAGGCUGGAGGAGAUUGAGUCCCUGUUCGACAACAAGCUGUGCUCCUGCGGGGCCACGGACUCUGACGAGGACCGGCAGGUGGAGUACAUCAGGGUGAAGGGGAGCAACUACCACCUCUCUGACAACGAUGCCUCCGACGUGGAGUAGCCCUAGCCUGU